AUGAAGGGAAAAGAAGAGAAGAUUCCGGCGAGGACGAAAGUCAAGUGAAAGUUUCAAGAAGCUUUCGAAGGUCUGGCAAGAAGGGCAACUUUGGAGAGCGGAUGGACGGGAGGAAGGAUAAGAUCAAUUCAGCUGUAUGGCAUGAUAAACGGAUAAACAUAAACACUGCUUGAAAUCAUAAACUCCAAUCAACUGCGCAGCGCCAUUCGCCACUCGUCGCCCCUUGCGCCCUGAAUGUGUGACUUUGAACUGGGUGAUUUUUGCAAGCUUUUUUUCCUGUUCCCUCUGGCCUGAACAGAAGAGACAGGGCGUCUGACAAUUCCGAACUCUCCUCGGGAAAAAAUCUUAAAUUUCAGGAGUAGGGUGCCGACCAGGGCAAGACGCCGAAAUGGCUGGGGCGAAGCCGGGAGUUCACGCGUUGCAACUCAAACCGGUGUCCGUCCAUGAAACACUGAAACGGGGAAGCAAAUUUAUCAAAUGGGAUGAGGAACCCAGCACCGGCCAGCCCUCGCUCAUCACCCUCAAGGUGGACCCGGAGGGCUUCUUCCUGUACUGGACGGGCGGUGCGAACCUGGAGGUGGAAGUCUUGGACAUCAGCCAUAUCAGGGACACCAGAACAGGGAAAUAUGCCAAGUUACCAAAGAGCCCCACCGUGCGGGAUGUUCUCGGCUUAAGCAAGAACGAGGGGAACGUGGAGGCCAAGCUGGUGACGGUCGUCCAUGGCAACGACCUUGUCAACGUCUCCUUCCUCAAUUUCCAGGCCAUGCAAGAGGACGUGGCCAAGGUUUGGACAGACGAGCUAUUUAAACUCGCCACCAACAUUCUCUCCCAGAACUCUUCGCGAAACAUCUUCCUGUUGAAGGCAUACACUAAGUUAAAGCUACAGGUGUCCGCAGAUGGGAAAAUCCCAGUGAAGAACUUCCUGAAGAUGUUCUCAGACAAGAAACGAGUGGAGAGUGCACUGGAACAGUGUGGCCUCAUUGUCAAUAAGUCUCAAGUGGAGGGGAUCAAGCCAGAUGACUUUACGUGGGAAAUGUUCCUGAACUUCCUCAACUUCCUCUGCCUGAGGCCCGAGAUCGAGCGCAUCUUUGUGGACACUGGUUCUAAAGGGAAGCCGUUCCUGUCUCUGGACCAGAUGCUUGACUUCAUGAACCGUAAGCAGCGCGACUCGCGCCUGAACGAGGUGCUGUAUCCGCCGCUGAAACGCGAGCAGGUGCGGCAGAUCAUGGAGAAAUACGAGCCCAACACCAGCCAGCUGGACAGAGAUCAGAUCUCUCUGAUGGGCUUCAGUAGGUACCUGGGGGGAGAGGAGAACUCGGUGGUCCCCCCAGAGAGGCUGGACGUCAUUGACGACAUGAACCAGUCACUGUCCCACUACUUCAUCAACUCCUCCCACAACACCUACCUCACAGUGGGCCAGCUGACGGGGCUGUCCUCGGUGGAGAUGUACAGGCAGGUGCUGCUGACAGGCUGCCGCUGUGUGGAGCUGGACUGCUGGAAGGGCCGCCUCCCCGACGAGGAGCCCUACAUCACCCACGGCUUCACCAUGACUACCGAGAUCCCCUUCAAGGAAGUGAUUGAGGCCAUUGCAGAGAGUGCGUUCAAGACCUCGCCGUAUCCCCUGAUCCUCUCCUUUGAAAACCACGUGGACUCUGGGAAGCAGCAAGCCAAGAUGGCAGAGUAUUGCCGCACCAUCUUUGGCGAUGCCCUCCUCAUCGACCCGUUGGAGAAAUACCCGCUGGUCCCAGGUCAGCCCCUGCCGUCGCCCCAGGAGCUGGUGGGGAAGAUCCUGAUCAAGAACAAGAAGAAGCACCACCACCGCACGGCCAACGGGGGCAGCGUCCGGCGCAGGAACACAGACGGAGGGGACAUCUCAGACCAGGCCUCGCCUAUCAAUGGGCACGGCCAGCAGUGAGGUCAACGCCACCGAGGAGAUGUCCACACUGGUCAACUACAUCGAGCCGGUCAAGUUCAAGUCCUUUGAAGUAGCGCUCAAGAGAAAUAAAUACUAUGAGAUGUCCUCUUUCGUGGAGACCAAAGGCAUGGACACACUGAAGAGCUCUCCGGUGGAAUUUGUAGAAUAUAAUAAGAAGCAGCUGAGUCGUAUCUACCCCAAAGGCACGAGGGUGGACUCCAGUAACUACAUGCCCCACCUCUUCUGGAACGUGGGCUGCCAGAUGGUGGCGCUAAAUUUCCAGACCCUCGACCUGCCAAUGCAGCUGAACAUGGGUGUGUUUGAGUACAAUGGGGGCUGUGGCUACUUGCUGAAGCCAGAGUUUAUGCGGCGUACAGACAAGCACUUUGACCCCUUCACUGAAAACAUCGUGGAUGGCAUUGUCGCCAACACCGUCAAAAUCACGAUCAUCUCGGGUCAGUUUCUGAACGAGAAGAAGGUGGGUGUGUAUGUGGAGGUGGACAUGUUCGGCCUGCCCUCAGACACCAAGAGGAAGUUCCGCACGCGCACCUCCAACAACAACUCACUGGACCCUGUAUGGACCGAAGAGAGCUUUGUCUUCAACAAGGUGAUCCUGCCCAAUCUCGCCUCGCUGCGGGUGGCCGUGUUCGAGGAGAACGGGAAGUUCAUCGGGCACCGCAUCCUGCCGGUGCUGGCGCUGCGCCCAGGUUACCACUACAUCAGCCUGAAGAAUGAGCUCAACCAGCCUCUCCUGCUGUCGUCUCUGCUUGUGUACAUCGAGGCCCAGGACUACAUUCCCAAUGAGCACCAAGAGUAUGCUGAAGCCCUGACGAACCCCAUCAAGCACGUCUCUCUGCUGGACCAGAGGGAUCGGCAGCUGGCCGUGCUAAUGGAGGACGAGCACACGUCAGAGAACCAGGAGCAGGAGGCCGAGGAGCUGCGGCCGCUAGACCCCAACCCCGUGCCCAUCGCCCCCCUCCUGCCUGAGCUGCAGGACGUCCCCAUCCCCGGGGGAGUCGUAGGCCAGAAAGAGUCAUCACAAUCCCUCAUCGACACUGUGCUAGCAGUAAUUAAGGCCCAGUCUAUAGAUGAAUUGAGACAACAGAAGUCUUUUGUGAAGCUGCUAAGGAAACAGUGCAAGGAGCUCAAGGAGCUGCGCAAGAAACACCUCCGGAAGGUGUGGUCUGUGAGUAAGGAACAGAAGAGUCGGUGUAACAAGGUGACCUCGGACAUUCAGAGGCGUCGCAGUCAAGCAGAAAAGAAGCUAAGACUCAGCAUCAAAAAGAAUGAGCCGGAGGAGCCGGUGCGGUCGGAGCUGUGUGAGCUGGAGGUGGAGCAGCAGAAGGCCACGGUGCAGCUGAGGGAGUGGCAGAUGCAGGAGCUGCUCAUGCUGCGCCAGGGACAGCACCAGCUGGAGAGGGAGAAGAAGCACACACACCUCAGAGAGGCUUAUUCGAAGCUAAAAGAAAUUGCGAUUGAUUGCCAAGUCGCACAGCUGAAGAAACUCAAAGAGAUCUGUGAAAAGGAGAAGCGGGAGCUUCAGAAGAUUCUGGACAGGAAGAGACUGAACAGCAUCAUAGAGGCCAAGAAGGGAGACCGAGAGAAGGCCGAGUCGGAGUUGAACGAGAUCAAUAGGAAACACAUCACAGAGUCUGUCAACUUGAUCCGGCGACUGGAGGAACAGCAGACCAAGCGUCAGGACAAGCUCAAGUUGGCGCAGGUGGAGGUGUUGAAGAGCAUUGACACUGAGCAACCAGUGCACCAGGCUCGGCUGGAGCGGGACCUGGAGGCCGAGCUGCAGCGGCUGCCCGACGAGAUCUGCCAGUACCUGCAGGGGGAGCUGGAGAGCAAGGGCCUGUGCAGCGACGCCCUCUUCAGCCCGCUGGCCAAUCACAGCAGCCCGGGCUCCAACUGCAGCACGCCCCCUUACCCCUCGCCCAAUCACAGCGGGAGCCGCAGCCUGGACAAUAGCACCGCCUCCUUGGCAGACUCCUCCCACUCCAACACGCCAGUCAUGUCAGAGGCGGAGCUUACAUCUAUAUAAUAGCCAUUAAUCAUGUCCUUUUUUUAUUUUUGAAAAAAAGAAUCUCUUGGAUUUUAAACAUCCCUCUCUCACUGGAUCUUGUUUUACUGAUAGUAUUACUAAACAUGGUGUAAUUAUUUCUUUUCAUUUUUAAGGUUCAGUUUUUUUUAAUGUGCGUUAUUUUAGAAGGUUCAUUUGUGCUUUCUCUGUUUCACUGCUUCUUGCCUGGCUUUGAACCAUGAGCUUAAGAGUUCUCCUACCAAAGCUUUUAUUCUUUUUUAAUUAUUGUUAUUAUUUGACGUUGGUGAAUGGAGGCGAACCCACUGUCCGUCAAUAUUAGCACCUGUUAGCUUAGCUCUAUUAUCUGCCCGUGAGAGCACUCCAGGUGCAUUUGUCGUUCUCCCCUGUGGAUACGUGGUGUGGAGCAAGCUAUGGCCGAGAUCUCUCUUUUUUUUUUUUUUUUAAUUAUUUAUUUUUUUAUGCCAUGUUUUGUGAAUGGAGGUGCUUAGACUGUACUGCUCGUGAGUCUCCACCAGAUGGCGGUGGCGUCUCAGUCUCCUGAGCUCCUCACUUGGCAAUGCAGAGAGGGGAGUGUUUGUGUUGUGUCUGUGUGUAUCUGUGUGUGUGAGUUGUGUGUGUGUGUGUGUGUGUGUGUGUGUGUGUGUACUUGUGACAUUACCGUGGUGAGGUGCUUGUUUACAUAUAACGUGCAGUGAAGCUCCCCACUCAAGUCCAGUGCAGACUCCUGGACAGUGUCCUUUGGGCCAGAGAGCCCGAGGCCAGCAGGCCACUGCAUGCAUGACCUUGUAGUUUUAACUGGAUGAGCAAAAUCUCAAAGUGAAUUCCCAAAUGCGAACACAUAUAUAGGCACACACACACACAUUACACCAAGGAAGUGGGCAUAAACACAUACAUUUUAAUACACACACACACACACUCACACACACACACACACACACACACACACACACACACACACACAGACACAUGCGAACCAUACAAACACACGUGUACACACAGUCAAAAGCAGUCAUGAGUAUCUAUUGUUGGAUAGCCACUGGA